UCGUUUAUAUAUUUAUUCGUUUUAUUUUCGUCUACGUCUCGCUAAAAAUAGAUAGUUAAUAAGUUAAGAGUGUUGCACACUCAUCGUACUAUCACGUUUGUAGUUAUCAAAACAAAUUAUCCAGUGCUUCGUGUACGUUCGUAGAAAAUGCGUGUAUUACUACUAUGCCUUGUUAUCGCAAAAUUUGUGAGCUCGUUAAAAAUUUUAACGCUUUUACCAUACGCGGGGAAAAGUCAUUUUGUUUCUUAUGAACCUCUUCUAAAAGAAUUAGCGAAUAAAGGACAUGAAGUGCACGUGUACAGUGAGUUUCCUCAAAAGAAGCCGUUACCAAGAUAUAAAGAUUUUGUGUUGGAGAAAGUUCAUCAAAAUUCGACUGAAAUAGUAGAUAUGAAUGAUUUACCAGGAGAAUUUUUUAAACGAUAUGCAACUCCGUUGGUAUUGGCAGGGUUUGCGGCAGAAGUGUGCCAAAAAUUAAAUCAAAGAAUCGUUAAAGACUUAUUAAAAUCUAACGAGAAAUACGACCUUAUUCUUAUUGAGUAUUUCAACACCGAUUGUUUCUUAGGUUUCGCGCAUACGUUUAAAAUUCCUGUUAUCGCGUUAAGUUCUUCGUACCCGAUGCCCUGGCAUUCGAGCAGAUUUGCUAGAAUCGAAAAUCCUGCUUUCGUUCCUGUACACUUUGGGAACUUUCCUAAAUUUAUGAGUUUUUGGGAACGAUUAGAAAACACAAUCAUGUUAGGUUAUUGUAAAGCAGUGUAUUAUCUAUUAUGUGAUUUACCAGGAAAUCGUGAUGCCAAAGCUUUCUUUGGAGACAAUCUUCCUGCGUUGGAAAAAAUCGCUGAAAACACCAGUCUUAUACUCGUUAAUAACUACUUUGCUUUAAACGGUGCAUUUCCUCAAGUACCUGGUAUGAUUGAAGUGGGUGGAAUGCAUUUGGGAACACGACAAAGUUUACCCAAGAAUAUUGAGAAAUGGAUCAACGAAUCGAGUGAGGGAGUUGUGUACUUUAGUAUGGGUUCUAUGUUGAUUGGACAUAGUUUUCCAAUAAAAAAGCGGGAAAUGUUUCAGAGAGCAUUUUCCAGAUUAAAACAUAGAGUUCUGUGGAAAUGGGAAAACGACACUAUGCCCGGAAAACCAGAUAAUGUUAUGACACAAAAGUGGAUGCCACAAUUUGAUAUUUUGUGUCACCCCAACGUCAAAGCGUUCGUUGCUCACGGCGGACUCCUUGGCAUGACUGAAGCUGUUCAUUGCGGAGUUCCUGUAGUGGUUAUGCCCCAAUUUGGAGACCAGUUCACCAACGCCAGAGCAUUAGAAGCCAGUGGGGGAGGUGUCAUUUUGGAUUUUAGCACGAUUACUGAAGAUAACGUAUAUGAGGCUUUACAAAAAGUGUUAAAUCCCAAGUUCAAAAAACAAGCUGAAGAACUUUCCGCACGCUUUAAAGAUAGACCAAUGUCGCCGAUGGAUACAGCUAUUUAUUGGAUUGAAUAUGUAGCACGUCAUAAAGGAGCUCCACAUCUAAAAACUGCAGCUGUUGGAAUGCCUUUCUAUCAAUACCUUUUACUAGAUGUAAUAGCUUUUCUUCUUGUAGUAUUCUUAUCAAUUUGUUUAGUAUCCUACUACACAUUAAAAAUGUUAUUAAAAUGUGUAUAUCCAGCCAAAGUUAAAAAAACGAAAACUAAUUAAUUAUAGACUGUCUUAAAUAAAG